GACGUCAACAAGAAGCUUAUACUACCGCACAAUCCACUACUAUCCACCAUGUCCAAAGUCCCAAUCUACACCGACAAGGCCCCCAAGCCCCGGCCUGUGUACAACCAGGCUAUCAAGGCCAACGGAUUCGUAUUCUGCUCGGGACAGCUUCCAAAAGAUCUAAACGGGACUCUCGUAGAGGGUACCGUUCAAGAUCGCACUCACAAAUGUAUACAGAAUCUUGCUGCCGUUCUUGAAGCUGCGGGGUCCAGCUUGGACAAGGUUGUCGAGGUCAACGUCUUCUUAUCGGAUAUUGACAACUUUACAAAGAUGAAUGAGGUCUACCUACAGUACUUUGGUGACGUGAAACCUUCACGAACUUGCGUCGCUGUCAAGACUCUUCCAGACCAUACUGAUGUGGAAAUCAAGUGCAUUGCCUUAGCCUAA